AUGACCAAUGAUGCCAUUGAUCUUACUGUGACUGUUAGAUCUCUUAUAAUAGUUGUGAAGCGCUAUCGCUUCGGUGAGGCUGGCGGAAGCAAAGUAGAUGAGAGACAAGGAAUGGUUGAAGUUACCACUCCUGAGUUCAAUAAAGUCUCGGGCAGUGCCACUGAACAUUUGCGAACGCAGUCUCGAGCUGCUCUUUCUCCACUCAAGAUGAAUCGUCCACGUUUCGUCAAGGUGGGAAAGCUGGAGGAUCCAAUAACCUCAACAAGAAAAUUGAAUGUUGGUGAAGCUGCAAUGGGCGUUGUUGCUGUACCGGUUUCUUCUGGAAUGCAGUUGGAAAAGGAAAACGUUGCGUUUGUUUCGUCGAGGGAUGCUUCCAAUGGAACUGAUUCCAGCUUAGUAAAGCAGAGUGGUGGAUACUUGAAGGAAAAUUCCUCAGAUGCGGCGAAAGUUCCGGUUCUGCAGGGACACUCUUCAUCCACUGAGGGUCAAAGUGUCGCGAAUUCUACUACUAGUCCUGCGGCUCGGGAUCACUCGGCCAGUAACGUUAACGCAUCACAAAUUAGCAGCAAGGAUGAUGUACCCAAGAAGCGGUCUCGCGUUGAGGAUGUCAUAGAAAUUGAGAAUUCACUUGGCGCCUCAAGUUCAAAUGCUUCAACCAACUCAAACGAGUCUUAUGCGCGUUUGAUCACCGAGCCCCUGCGGCCCUCUUCUCGUCCGUCGUCAAGUAAAGCUGCUGAGUGGCUGCAGAGUCCUGAGCCUAUUUCUGUUCUUGGUGCUUACGAGGAGAAGAAUACGUUGUUUUUCCGUCCAGUCACAGAGGAUUGCCAAAAGACGUGGUGCUCACAAUUAGGAUUCAAAUAUUCUGGAUCUCCUGAGUGCGUUUCUCCAGAA